GCCACCUUCCACCGCGUUGAUCGCUCGUCACUCAUCACAUGACCCGCGCCACUGUGCUCCGGUAGUCCGGUAGGCCAUAUUUGACAGUGGGACACUAGUUUAGCGCCGUGAGUGACGUGAAGAUCGCUCUGCGUUCGACGAUCCCGCGCGACCGAUUCCCGUGCAACCUGUAAAUACACCCGCGAUCGACUUGACCGCCGAGAUCCGAUAAACCAGGCCACAAUGACGGACGAAGCCGCCCCGGUGUACUCGCCGUUCUUCGGCGUUAUGGGCGCCGCCUCUGCCAUCGUAUUUUCUGCUCUGGGAGCAGCAUAUGGCACAGCAAAGGCCGGUACAGGAAUCGCAGCGAUGUCUGUCAUGAGGCCAGAAUUAAUCAUGAAAUCCAUUAUUCCCGUUGUCAUGGCAGGUAUCAUUGCCAUUUACGGUCUUGUAGUGGCAGUACUCAUUGCGGGUAGUCUUGGGAGACCCCCUAAAUAUGACCUGUACAAUGGUUUCACUCACUUGGGUGCUGGUUUAGCUGUAGGCUUCUCUGGUCUAGCAGCUGGAUUUGCUAUUGGCAUCGUAGGCGAUGCUGGUGUGAGAGGUACCGCUCAGCAACCUCGUCUCUUCGUCGGCAUGAUCUUGAUUCUGAUCUUCGCCGAAGUAUUGGGUCUCUACGGCCUGAUCGUCGCCAUCUACCUGUACACAAAGUAAAUGGUCAGUAGCGGCAUCCUACUACCUGCCAUGGCUCCAUGCAAGACAUGUCGCCUGCAACCAACAGCGCUCCCCGACUACUAUUAUGCUACAACUUGUUUCGACAUAUUUUACUUAAUCACGUUACUCCAUGCAUACCUAUCUAAUUACCAUCUCGGCUCAUCUCUGCGCGUCCCCCUGUAAUAUCAUACUAAAAAAAAAAUGAUCCAUCUAUUUAGCAUACGGACAUUUAACCACGCCACGCAUUAUUUGUCACACGGAUUGCAUGAUUAUAUCGAAGGUGCUGCGAUUGAGAAGUGCGGCCAACUUUUUUUUUUCUUUAUUUCGCGACACUGAUGCGCAACGAUGCAUUUCGACACUGCAGUGUAUGGAAAAGCGAAUGUAUAGUGGGAAAAAACGAAAGAGCGUGGAAAGCAAAGAUCGACAGGGAAAUACAUAUUUAGAGAAAAGAUCUCCUGUGUUAUAAUCCCAUUGUCGAACAUUUCUCUUUCACUGUAUAGUAAUCAUUUAUAGCUUAGUACGACAUUGAAUUACCAGUUAAAGUAAUCGGCUCUACUGAGUGUAUAAAGGAAAAUAUGUUAUUGAUAAAAGAAUAUUUAGCACAAUUAUAUAUAUAUAUAUAAAUAUAUUAUAAAUGCAAUCGCGAAACGGCAGGUACGCGAAUAGGAAACACACAAAAGAAAACUAAAGAAACGAAAUUAUAUCAUCGGAAUAGAAAUAUGUAAGAAUAAGUGACACGCAAAUUACGCGUGGUAAAACGGCGUAAUAUAACAGAGCGAGAGAGGGAGAGGAAGAAAGAGAGAGAGAGAGAGAGAGAGAGAGAGAGAGAGUGAGAGUUUGUGAGAAUGAGAAUGUACCGGACAAGAUCUCGCGUGAAUAGAGAUUGUGCAACUAGAAGUUAAUAAACAAAGAAUGAUAUUGAUGGAUGAAACUUUAGUAAAAAGAAAAAAUAUAAAAAAAUGUAUGAAUGCGAGUAGAUCAACAGGUACACACGAUAGUAUUAAGUCAAUUGAGAGAGGCUGCUGGAUACGACGGAAUUUCAUGUUUUCACGGUUAUUCAUGGACAACGAUAGACGAGAGGAGGAGUAGGAAAAAAAAAGAAAUGAUCCGCCUAAUCGGGCUGUCAAAGCCGCAAAGGCCAGCGGUCGAUACUCGAUUAGUCGCGCGAUUUUUAUCUAGUUCCACAUUAUUUCCAUCAUCGAGACCAACGUCGUCGUAUGUCAAUGAAGUAACUGGUAUGUGAAAGCUUAUGUAAAACCGAUAACCAUUCGUACCAGUGGACACAUCAGUACACACAUAUACACACACACACACACACAGUGAGAGAGAGAGAGAGAAAGAAAUAUAUACCGUAUGAUGGCAAAAUCAAUGAUCAUCUGAGAAAAGUUAUAUGUACGCUGAUAAUAACAUGUAAACGGAGGAUAAUUUGUACAUUCCAUAUUAAGUUCGUUCAGUACAGGCGAGCGGGCGUUUGGUGACAAAAUUUACAAAAAUUGUAGCCCACGCCGCGUCGCAUUCUUCAAGAAAUUGGCCGAUCGCACAUGCAUACACAUCUCACGUGGGGCAGCACCCGGCAGACGGACUUGUGUCGUCCUGGGAUGGAUUGUCUUUUGGGAGCUGACAAUCGUACUCCUUUGUGCGCGCAGUCUUUCGAUCGAUCGCUACCAUCUUUCCCCACAGUCGUUCGGGUACAAAAGAGGAGCAAAAAAGCCAAAUCCAUACGGAAAGUGCGAGCCAGAGCGCCCGCUUGCCACUUUUGACUGCGCGGUAUUUUCUACCUAAGAAAAAUGCAAACAAGUUUAACGAUAUAGGCGUAUUUCCGGUGAAGAGAGGAAGAAAGGACUCAUCGAAUUGAUAAGUUUAUUUGUCGGGGACAAAAAUGAUCGAAAAGAUUCAACAACAUUUGUAUGGAAAACUGCCACUCUCGCCUUGGAAAUGCACUUGUAUCGUAUCCGAGAUACAGCAGAAACAAUAGUCGUCUCGACGGGAACGAAGAACGAGCGAUAGCGAACAUGGAAGAGAAGUUGCAAUUUUCCGGAAACUUGCGUAGCUUAAAAAAAAAAA